UGAGCUGCACCAGCUGUGGCCUAAUGUGGUCCCCCUCAGUUAAGGACAUCCUGGGUAGUGGAUAUUGGCCUGGCACCUUAAAUUUCUGCACCCUGUUUUCAAUGGAUGUCUUUCAGUCUUUCUAUGAUAUUAAGAAGGCUGCACCAGGGAUGUCACUUAAGGCAUUUGUCAAAAUGCUGGAUGAAAGAACAGCCCAUUUUGGAAGGACUGGCCGAAUAUCAGCUGAUGCCUUCAGUAAAAGUUUCUUGGAGUGGAGUGCUGUAAAGUUUGAGGUGGACAGGAUGUGCAAGGAGCCAUGCUUUAGCUGCCCUGCCUGCACUCCAGACAUGCUUGCCGUCUCAGUUGAUGGAAACCGUAAGCUUUAUCGCUUUCAAUCUAAUGCAAGCACUUCAGAGCAGGGGAACUUUGAAGGUGUCUUCAUUGAAAAAGAUGAGGACGUUGCUGAGUUUGUGAAAUACAUCCAGAGACACACAAGUCAUGUCCCGGGGAAAGGGUUGUGCGGAUCUUCAUCUUGGACUGCAGCAAAGGAGUCGUCCAAAAAGUCCACUGGGAAGUUGGAUGAAGAGGGCAUGGAAAUAGCUGUUUGUCGCCACGGAGUCCUCUUAGCUGCAUUGAACAUGUUUCGAGGGGAGAUCUUUGCUUACCCCCUUUUUCUCCAGAGGAAGUUGGCAGCUAACGUCCCAGGACAUAUUACGUUCCUUUGCUCCGAUGUGGCCUGUAAAUAUUUCCCCUAUUUAACCAAGGUGGCUCAGCAGUGCCCUGAGCUGAGGAACCUCUUGUCAAUGCGUCCUUUUCUCUCCGUCAUGCAUGCAAAGGCUCACACUUGGAAAUGCGAGAUCAAAUGGGGAGGUGCGUUUCAGGAUGGGGCCGGUUCAACAGUUGGAGAAGAGGUGGAACAAGUAAACAGUUUCCUGUCUAGGGCGGCCAUCACAACGAAGUACAUGUCUAAAGCAGGGCAAACAGACAUGCUGACCCUCCUGGCUUUGGGUUGGAACAAAAGGAAAGUGGAACAACUGGGCCGCACUUUGAGCCAGAGAUAUCUCAAGAUCAUAAGGAUCCUUAGAGAACAAGUGGAGAGCCUGAAUGUGACCAAAAAUGAGCUGGGUGUGGAUGACGACACACUGCAGCAAUGGGUGGCCGAUGUGCAGAAAUGGGCUGAAGAAACUGAUCAAACUGAUGGCAGCCUUGGAGCGUUGCAGGCACGAAUAGAGGAGCUUGUCGUCAUCAUCAGAGUGCGAACACAAAGUCUUUACAGACAAAAUGAUAGCAACAAGAGGCGACACAGAAUUCGCAAGGUCAUCUUAGUUGAGAAGAAACGCUUGGCGGCUGCUGUUGACGACUACAACAAGCUUGCUGAACCAACAAAGCAAAUCGUAUCCAGUGAUGCCCUCAUCCAGACCGAUAUUUGGCCCUGGCAGAGCACAAGUGAACCUGCUGCUGAACUCCAGACAAAGAGAAAGGUCUUUGAGAAGGUGAUGGCUGUGAGGCGCCUGAGAGAGGAGGAGAUGAUCCUUUGCAGGGAGAUGCGGCAUCACUGGACAGUGUUGCGAAUGCGAUCUGUGGUGUUGGGGACAAUCUCCUCAGACUCCUCCCUUGUUGGCAUGUCGGAGGAUGCACAGAAGGGACUCCGUAGCCUGGUUUUAAAAAAACAAAGUGAACUGAAAGCUGAAAUGCUCAAAGUAAAGGACAUGUACAAGAGAAUCCUCAGCCACCAACCACUCCUGGAAAUGGACUCGGAGGAGGAGGAGGACAUUCCAGACGAUGCCACUGAGAGUGAUUUGAGCACUUCUGAUGAAGACUGAUUGUGUCAUCCUUGAUGUUAUUUUUGGUAAAAUAAAAAGUUAAUCACA